GUGCAAAACUUCCCCUACCAGAGUUGAAUUUGCUUUAUACAAGUAAUCCAAGCAUUUAGGCUAAUGUACAACAGCUGUUAGGAACACGAUUAAAAGAGGUAGGAGACAAGUCCGAUAUAUUACAGCAUCAGCCUAAAAGUAUUGCAGAUAUAAUAUCUUCUGGAGAGGGCGUUCCUUCUCUAAAACAGGGAUGAUUCACGGGCUCGAGCCAGUGUGUGAUGCGACUGCACACAGAAAACUAUCUGACAAUCAUUCAUCACUAUAGCUGUUCUGUGGCACACCACUGAAAUGAGCACAAAAAUGCAUGAGUCUGACAGGCGGAUGCAGGUGAAGAGUUGACUGCGAAAGAGGAUCUAUUGCAUAAUCAGACGGAGCACAAAGAGAGGCAGCGAGGGCGCUUCAUUUUGAACUAUGGCGGCAACACACCACAUUCUUCUGACAUAAAUUUUGAUUAUGAGAAAACGUGCCAUCUUGGAGAACAGCGACGAAUUACUGGAUAUGAGGACAAAAACCAUCCUGCCUCAAAACUUUGGAGUUUAAAUAGUCGCUACCAGAGGCUGUCUGCAUUUCUAGGCUACUACCUGUGCUAUCAAUUAACACUAAACUGUCUCGCUUCUGUCAUUUGGUAGGGCUUUUGGAGGUAGGCUAUUUGUUUGUGCAGGUUACUCAACUGCAGUCUCAGAAGCCGUUCAAAUGCUGGAAUGGAUUGGUGCUGCUUGUUUUAUGGUUUUAAUGGCCAUGCUCUGGCCAGUGGUGAAGUGUAUUGGAGCGGAGAGUCACUCCACGCUGCUGCUUCCACGGCGAGAGAGCAAAAGAUCCGCGGAGAGAUGCGACUCGAAACUAGAGGGACAAGGUGAAUCAGACGCGCUCGCCUUGAUCUGCAAACCCUCAGCAUUGGCAAACUACCUUCUCAAACAUUGCAUGAGUUUUUGCAAGUCUUUAUCGAUACCAAAAUGGAACUGGCGAAUGAGUUCGUCUCUGCAGACUGUUUUCGGCGCUUUGUGGCCGUUUGACUGUCCUGUGCAUUUCAUCCGAGAUCAUUUGCAGCUGAGUGAUGAUGGACUCGUGGCGUUGGACUGGGCUGUUGUUGGUGCAGCACAUCACAAGAGGCGCAGGACGUCCAGUAAUUCCACAAGUCCAGUUCUGCUCAUCAUUCCCAACUCUUUCGGGAAAAUCACCAGGAAUGUGCUAAAGCUCUGUGAGGCAGCUCUGAGUCACGGCUACCUUCCUGUGAUCUUCAACCGCCGGAGUCAGAACGGGACGCCGCUCUGUACCGUGAAGCUGCAGCAGUUCGGUGACCCGACUGACCUGCGGGAAGCAGUGCGCUACAUUCGGUACCGACAGCCAGCGGGCCAGAUCUACGCCGUGAGUGAGAGCACCGGUUCAGGACUCCUGCUGUCCUACUUGGGCGAGUGUGGCUCCUCCAGCUACGUGACGGCUGCGGCCUGCCUGUCUCCAGUUUUCCGCUGCCAGAGCUGGUUUGAGAGUGGCUCGACCUGGCCAUUCCACUGGGCUCUUGUGCUUUACCAAAAAAUCUGCCUUAGCAGGUAUAAAACAGUGCUUGGAGAGCUUGUCCACACAGACAGCUUAUUCUCCAGCUGCUCUUUGAAGGCAAUGGAGGAGGCACUGUUCUGUCAUUCUGGCUUAAAAGGGACGACGGAGGGAGCAGGUAGCUGGGAGGCGUACUGGGAACGUAACGAUCCACUGAGGGACAUAGAUGAAGUGGCCAUUCCUGUGCUGUGUGUGUGCAGCCAGGACGACCCCAUCCGAGGGGAGCCUCAGGCCACGGUACCGUUAGAGCUUUUUGAGAGCAACCCACAUUUCUUCCUGCUUUUGACUGCCCACGGAGGCCACUGCGGCUUCUCCACAUCAGACGAGGGCCCGAUUGUCUGGAGCCACCAGGCUGUACUGGAGUUUUUUCGGGCCACCACUGAUUUCUUCGCUGCGGAGGAGCGCUCCAAGCUGGCGGCCCGGCGGAGGGGUCUGAGCGGGGCUGGCAAGACUUUCCGCCAUCGCAGUGUCAGCACAUGCAAAAGACUGCCUGUCUGCUCGCAUAACAUUCACGCCAUUUACAACUGGCAGAGGUCCUACACCAGAUGAUGAUGUGCUCAGAGGGUCCCCACUUUGUUUGGGAUUACGGAGAGACUGAAACAGCCAAGAACACUGCCAGAAAAGGAUAAAUUAGAACCCUUUGUCUGACCUGCUGUUUGUCGCAGCCAAGAAAACCAGCAGUCGAGUCAAAAUAUCUCUGUUUACAUUCAGGACUAUUCAGAAUUUGGACUUCCACUGUCAACAGACAGACAGCUCCUGUCUUUGAGGAUGUGAAAACAUUCAAUUUUUGUCAAGAAAAAUAUUAAAAGCUGAAGUAGAACAUUAGAAUUACUGAAUCAUAGUUUCAAAUUUUCUCAUUCAAUGGCAAAAGUAACUUUUUAAUCAGUAUUUUUGAUCAGAUCUAAGACUAAUUAGAUGUCAAAAUAAUAUUUUUUUUUUUACCACACUGGCAGUUUUUGGCUCACUAAAUUUUGUAAAAUUUAUGGUUAAAACAAGGAAAUAAGUUUAAUCCAGUAUAUAUUUUCUGAAAAGUUUUGCUUCUCAAAUUUAUCUUGUUUUAAAUGUUGUUUUUUUUUUUUUUUUUAAUGAUACAAAUACUGAUUAAAAAAUUUUUUUGCAUUAUAUUUUGAAUGGCAAUAUAUACUUUAGCCUUAAUGUUUUGUUUGCCUUUUUCAAAGGGAUUGGUCCAAAUGUUUCAGCACUUCAUUCCAAAAUUUAGAUUAAACUGUUAGUGGCUACAUAGUGGCCUUUCCUUUUGGUACUUUGGACGUCAGUAAUAUUUUGCCCUGUCUGCAUUAGUGCAUUCUCUGCAUACGAUAAUGAAAAGUGACAUUCUGUAAUUUUCUCUGUAUAAUACUGUCUUUCUGAGAGAUUGGUAAUUUAUUUAGACUUGUCUCCGCUGUAAGAGAAGGAGCCUGUGGAUUCAGAGUAAAGAGUCAGUCAGCACUGCUGGGGUUUCACAUGACGUCGUUCUGAGGUUUCAGGGAAAGCUGGUCACCAUUGACAUGGGUGGAGCUCCAACACUGAUUUAUUUUCCCCGUUUUUCUUUUCUGCCUUUCCUAUCUCCAUCUCAAAAAUUUUGUAAUGUCUUUCUGGUGUCAAAGCCCAUUGUUUGUAUGUUAAAUUAUCUGUGAACACGGGAGCUUUAAUUAAAGGGUUUCGCCUGAACACAUUCAUGUAUGCGAGUCAGGUUUUGUUAGUAAACUGGGCGUCAGAAUUCUAGGUUAUGCAACGGACUGCAUGAAACAGAAAUGGGAUUUCAUUUACUCCCACAACUGUUCCUGAGAGCAGACUCCCCAAAAUGACUGUAAAACUGAAGCAUUUGUUAUCAUGUGCAUUUAGUCACAAAGCUCCAUGCUAUCUGAUCACACAGUUCAUUGGAUGCAUGAUCACACUUUUACUGGACAGCCCCAAAUAUAGCUUCAGCCUGGAGCCUGAGCUCUGAGAGAGGAGGUAAGAUUAGAAGAGACCGUCUCUGCAGACUCCGGCUCUGACGCUCACGCUGACAGGCAGUACGACGGCAAGCUAUAGGCGGUUCAAAAUGGUCUCUUCCUCUGGCUUUACUCUUCAUAAUUAACCUACAUACCAAAUCAUAUCAAUUUUCCAGUCAGUAUCAGCCUGGGAAAACAUUUUUAAUAUACAGUCUUGGCAUAUGUUCUGUAAUGUUUAAGAUUGUACUGUAGACAUUUAUGGGUAUCUACAGUACUGUACAGUUCAAAAGUUUGUGGUUGGAAAGACCCAAACUGCAUUCAUCUGCAUCUAUUCUGCAAAGUAAAGUAAAAACUGUAAUAUUGUGAAAUAUUACCAUUUAAAAUAACUGCUUUCUAAUUUAAUAUAUUUUAAAAUGUAAUAUAUUCCUGUCAUGGAAAGCUAAAUUUUCAGUAUCAUUACUCUUGUUUUCAGUGUCACGUGAUCCUUCAGAAAUCAUUCUAAUAUGCUAAAGAAGCAUUUCUUAUUGUUAUCAAUGUUGAAAACAUUUGUGCUGAUUCAUACUUUUGUGGAAACCAUGAUACGUGUUUUUCAGGAUUGAUUCAUGAUUUCUAAUUCAAAUAACGGCUGUUCUUUUGAACUUUCUAUUCAUUAUAAAAGUC